AUGUCCUACACCUACCUCCCGUCGACUCCCUACGACCCCUACCCGACCAUCAUCAUGACCACCAACCCCGCGUCCCGCAAGACCAACCACCUCCUCUCUAACCCGCGCGUCUCGCUCCUGGUCCACGACUGGGUGUCUCACCGUCCGCCUACCCGGGCACCCAAUGCCCAGGGAGAACGCGAGGGUUCUCCUCCCCCCGCGGCUACCCGCUCCUCGCUCGCAAGCCUCCUGCUCAACCUGAACACCAGUGCCUUGUCUAGUAUCUCUACCACGAUUACCGGGCAGGCGCGCUUCCUCGAGCCCGGUUCCGAGGAGGAGUCUUGGUGCAAGGAGCGUCAUCUGGAGAACAAUACUUUUGAGGAAGAGGAGAUCAAUCUCUUUGGACAGCUGCAGCGGAAUGACCCUAAUGCCCGUCGCCCGAGUAUGUCCAUCGAUGGUGAUGUACGGGUGGUAGUGGUGCAAGUGCGUGAGGGUCGUAUUGCGGAUUGGAAGGGUGGAGUUCGGGACUGGGUCUUGUUGCCCGCUGAGAAUGCGCAGGCUGGUCUGGUCAAUGGCGUAUAG